AACAUAUUAACGACAGAUUUAUCAAGAAAAUUAUCGUGUGAAAAUUUAACUGUUAAAAUGAUUUUUAUUAAUAAAUUAUAAUAUGAAUAGACAAUAUGGAGGUUGCGGCCAAUGUUUGGAAAGUUAAGAUAUUUAGACGAAAAAAUAAAGAAGUAGAUGAUAAAAAAGAAGUAAAUGAGAAUGCAAACGGGACAUGUAGCACGUGUCGCUACGUGAAAUCUAAAACUUGCGGCAGUAAAGAAGACGGCUUAAGGUGCAAGAAAUCUCCUCCCAUACCUGAUCAUUCCUUCGAGGACUUUAAACAAUCCCUCAGUAGAGAUUGUUCUAGCUGUUGCGGCACCGUCCUUGAGUUUUUCAAGGAAGCCUUCAAAACCAUUCAAGGGAACCCUAAGAGUAGGGUGUGCGAUGUCCUCGGUGAAAUGAGCGAUUUGUUACUCUCAAUCGCCAAUGAUUGUGUUCUGUUGUUGAGACGAAUUAUUCAAUGUUUUUGUAGUAGUCUACGCUAAAUUAAAGUAUUUAUAAUUGUU